AUGUCGUUAGAUAAAGCUAUGCAUAUUUUCAUCGCUGAAGUUCAUAACAAAUCCGGCGGAGAAUACCACCCGAACACCCUUUCUGAAAUUGUAAUUUCUAUACAACAUUUUCUGCGAGGUAGCGGGAGGUUUGAUAACUUUCUUGAUGAUACCGACUUUGCUUAUAUGCCACCAGUAUUAGAUGCAAAAAUGAAAGAAUUAUCUAGAAUGGGAAUUGGGAUCAGUCGUAAACAAGCAGAUAUUAUUUCAGCGGAACAGGAAAACGAGAUGUGGGAGCGUGGGAUUCUCGAAACUGACACUGCCAAAAUGUUGGUCGAUACUUUGCUAUACAGUAUCGGAUUAAACUUUGCUCUCCGUGCCGGGCAAAAACAUCAAAAUCUUCAAGUUGGUACCAAUUCUCAGUUAUCACUAAACAUCUCCAAAGAUGAUGGGAGACGGUACCUCCAAUACACAGAGAAGGCAUCCAAAAGUAACAUCGGAGACUUAAAUCAUCGCAAAAUUACGCCAAAAGUCACGAGGGCAUAUGAAAAUGUGGAUGAGCCUGAACGUUGCCUUGUUAAAAUUUUUGAGAAAUAUAUCAGUUUAAGACCACCUAAUGGAAAAUCGACGGCGUUGUAUCUACGACCCAAAGAGAGGGCUACAGAAACAGUAUGGUUCGACGCCGUGCCGAAAGGGGUUCAUCAACUUCAGCAAGUUGUCGAAAAAUUGUGUAAAGCAGCUGGAUUUCAUGGGAAUUUUACCAGCCAUUCUUUAAGGGCUACCGCCGCUACAAGACUGUAUCAAGCCGGUGUUGACGAACAACUAACGGAACUUGUAGAAAAGACGGGGCAUCGCUCGAAUGCGGUCAGGGCCUACAAACGUACGUCAACGGAGAAGAUGAAGGAUGAGUGUCGUUGUGCAAUCUAA